GCGGCGGCGCGGCCGCCCGCGGCGCCGCAGGCGGUGGCGGCCUGCAGGGAGCUGCCGCAGGCCGCCGCCGGCGCGCUCAAGGAGAUCACCGCCAGGAUGCUGGACGCGGGGGAGAUGCACGAGUUCUCGGGCUCCGUGUGGAACGCGGGGAUGCUGCUGGGCCAUCACAGCCUGGGCCUCGGGGUCUCGCUGGCCCUCGUGCUCGCCAUCGUGCUGAACCUGUGCAUCCAGGUUUCGUUCUGCUUCAUCGUGUGGCAGUACAUGUUGGAGUCAAACCGGCUGGACGACCAGUACCUUGACCGCCUUCUGACCUUCAGGCUCGGCGUGGCACACCACGUCGAUUACGCCGAUGUGGUCGGUCAACAGUCAUUGGCCCGUCAGUUGUGUGAUUUGGAUCCCAAGCUGCACACGUCAGCAAUCCACACGUCAUUCAUGGAGAACUGGUACGAGUUCUAUGAAGGAGGUCCUUUUUUGAUGCUCCUGGCCCUUGCCCUGUGGAUGGCCCACAUCAUUCGCGAGGUGAGGGAUGCCCUCACUCAGCUCAAUGCCGUCCUCUCCACGCCUCGCGGUCCACGCACGACCAUUGUGCUCGUCGGUGGGGAUCCGGACGAGGAGGAAGAUGCCGAUGGAGCUUCGACGAGGAGGAACUCUGUAUCCUCAGCGUCGUCGUCCCGCUCGUGUCUAGGAUACCUCGAGAGGCUCACCGUGACGGCACGCAUCGUCGAGAUUACCAGGCUCCGUGUGUUUUUUGUCAGCGUCGGGAUCGUGCUCCCCCGCGUGGUUCUGGCGGGCAUGCUCGGCGUCAUCGGGGUCAGGUAUCUGGGCAGGACCCCUCGGAUGGAGGACCUGGUGCUGAACGCGAUGGCGCUGUCGUUCAUCCUCAGCAUCGACGAGGAGUUCUUCGAGACCUUCCUCCCCCGCCGAGUGCAGACGCUGGUGCACAACCUGGAGGCCGCCCCGCUCAAUGAGGGCAGGCACGCGCGAAGGUUCCCUGCGAUGGAGGCCCUGGCGGUUCUGGCCGCCAUCCUUGCAGGCCUCGCGGCUGCGUACGCCCUGGUGAUGGACCCCUUCUUGUCCAGGCUGGAGCAGUCCAGGGACAUCCUCUGCUCGGGACAGCUCGACUUCGUCUUCUCCUACAGCAGCGCGUCGGGGGUUGUCCACGUGGCCCAGUCCGCACGGGAGCCGGGAAUCACCGAGACCGAGCGGAUUGUUCUGCAGGUCGCCCAGCCUGUCCUCUGGACGGACGCGAGCUGGAGCGUGGACCCUUCGCUGAUAGCUCUGGCGCAGGGCGGGAACGCGAGGGUGGCAGUCGGACCGCCCGCGGUAGCUACGCCGAGCCCGCCCUCUCUGCACGACGCGGGCUUCCAGGAGGACUCCUUCCGGCUGGUGGCCCAGAUCAGCGAGUCCUCGGGGGAGGAGGCGGCGGACCUCCUGCCCUGCGCGGACUUCAGCACGGGCCUGUCCCUGGAGUGGUCGCAGGAGACGCUCAGGGAGAUCUCGGGGAUCAGCGGCGCGAGCACGUGCGAGGACCUCCUCGUCGACCCCUGGCUCUGCGGCAGGGCGAACUCGACGAGGCUCCGGGCCCUGUGCCCCUUCACGUGCGCGUGCCGGCAGGGCAUCAUGGCAUGGGCGGGCCCGUUCGUCACGCGCGCGUUCGGUUGCCCCACCGAGUGCGGGAAGAUCGCCGGGCAGACUUGGGAGCUGAUCAUGGGUAACCUGUUCCCCUGCGAGGACACGGGCGAAGGGAACUUCACGGGCCAGGGGAGCUACAUGCCCCCCAUCUACCAGUCGAUGGCAGCGGCCGCCCCCCACCUGAACCUCCACUUCAGCGACUUCUUCCAGCUCUACAUCCGGGGCGUCAAGGAAUACAUCAUGAGCGAGCCCCUGGUGGCGCAGGGCGUGUCCGGCGGGGUCGAGGCCCUGAGUUUCAGCACGGCCUACGAGGGCGCGCCCGGCGAGUCGGCCCUCUCGCAGUCGCAGAAAGACGCCCUCGUCAACCACGUGCUCACGGGCAGGAUCUUCGACGACAUACUGGCGGGCGUGUGGAGCCUCUUCCCGGGCACGCCUCACCCCCGCAACCUGACCGGCUGUGCGUACCUGGCGUCGGUCGAGGUCUUCCUCGCCAUUAACACGAACUUGUGCGAGGAGGGGACCAUCGCCUCGAUCCGCCCGUGGUGCCCCGUGGCGUGCGGCUGCGACGGGGCCCUCGACCCGGCCGGCUGCCCGUCCGCCUGCGCCUGACGGGCCCCAGCCAUCAUUCGAUCGACCAGACGCACACGUUCAUGUCCCCCCCGCGCCUCGCCCGCGUGCAUGCCUGGGGCCAUGCUGUGCCGCCCCCUUCCUUCCUGCUGUCCCCCCUCUCCUCAGGGGGGCAUCCUCUUCCCCUUUUGUGCUCUCAAUCAGUCGGCCCGUUUGGUAUGGGGUGGUAGUGCUCCCCACAGUGCGGAGUAGAUUUGGACGUUGUGACCCUCCUCCGCGUUCUCCUCUCCGCCCUCCUGUCCUCCCGCGACUCGCAUGCGAGACGCAGCACCAACCGCGCCGAUGACGGCGAUCCUGCCAUGCUGGACGUCUGCCUCGCUUGCGCAUGGUGCUCAUCGUCCCCGAAUCAAUCGCCAUGACGGUGCCCCCAUAGUGACGGGCCGUCCGACAAGAGAGACUGUGGGCUGGUUGGCAGACGCUCUGCGCCGCGUGCCAGCGGUGGCCUCGCGGCGGCAGUGAUUGGGGCCGCAGUGGUCACCGCAGCAGCCACGGUGGCCUGCGGCGACAGCGGCUGGGCGACCGCAGCGGGCAGCGGUGGCGCCGCGCAGGCUCAGGAGUGCCCCCCCCUCCCGUGUGGUCUCGUUCACGACGGCCCUUGGUGCAGCGCGUGAUAGGCCCACGGUGGUCCCACGAGAGUGCCCCGUCUUCCCCCUCCGCCCGCAGAUCCUUCGAUGCGAAGUCAGAAUGCUGUUCGAAUGCCGUCCUCUGCGCUGGCCCUUGUGCAGCGCAUGAUGGUCUUCUGACGGUCCCAUGGUGGCCCUCUGUCUUUCCUUUCCGCAUGUGGUUCUGGGGAGGAGGUCAACAUGGUGUCUGCGCACUGCCUGUAGAAUUGGUGCAGCCGCCGAAAAGUACCAAGUGGUACAUUCUUCAUGUGCUAUUUGCCCGCUGUCCCAAUGAGGAUGCCUUGCGUGUCAGCAGUGACUACAGCAGUGCAUGCGAGCCGCACGGUCCAAGUGCGCCUGUCUCCUUGUGCUUUUUUGUGGCCCAGCAGGUGCCGGGCCACGGCAGGCCACAGCAGUGAAUCAUUGCAUGGGUUCGCGCGCUCGUUGUUCUGCUUGGAGCCAUCUGCCGAUGUCUUGAGCCGAGGUACGCUCAGACACGAGAACGCCGCGACAUCAAGCGAUGCGCACGGGCCCUGUUGGAGGGCGGGCUCAAGGGAUGAGCAGGA